GGGCGACAGAUGUUCGCUGUGCUCCCAAACAGAGUUGAAUGGCUCGUGGCUCCUAUUGUAAACGAGUCUUUAUGCCGUCGACAGCUUGUCCCCGUAAAAAAGUUUUGAGCGAAUCCACUGUUGCAAUCGUAACGGACUAUUCUCUUCAUAAAAAUAUUGGGCUGCCGAAUGGACGACCGUGGUAAUUUAUUUUUCUUUAUCUUGUUUCAGACGUUGGAUUUCGACCGAGAUGGCCUAACGAAGUUGAAAAAGGCGAUAAAAGCAAUACACAAUUCUGGAAAUGCUCACGUGGACAAUGAGAUGUAUCUUUCCCGGGCGCUGGAGCGUCUCGGAGGAAACGCUCUCAGUAAAGAUUCGGAGCCAGAUAUCGGAGCUGCAUUCUUCAAAUUCGCUGUUGUCACCAAAGAACUAUCUGCACUCAUGAAGACAUUGAUGCAAAAUAUAAAUAACAUCGUCAUGUUUCCCGUCGAUAGUCUUCUAAAAGGUGAUCUCCGAGGAGUGAAAGGAGAUCUGAAGAGACCGUUUGACAAAGCAUCCAAAGACUAUGAGUCAAAGUACCUGAAAAUUGAAAAGGAAAAGAAAUCCCAGGCGAAGGAGGCUGGUCUCAUCCGAAGUGAAGUGACACCUGCGGAAAUAGCAGACGAGAUGGAGAAGGAGAGGAGAUUGUUUCAGUUGCAAAUGUGUGAGUACCUGAUAAAGUUCAACGAAAUAAAAACGAAGAAGGGGAUCGAGCUACUCCAACACUUAGUGGAGUACUAUCAUGCGCAGACGAAUUAUUUCCAAGAUGGCCUCAAAACAAUCGAGCACUUUGGUGUGUACGUCGCAGAUUUGAGUGUACAACUGCAGAAGAUUCGGCAGCAGCAAGACGACGAGCGACGGAGGUUAUUAGAGCUCAGAAACAUGCUGCGAGCAGCUGCACCACAAGACAGAGAGGUGGUGUCAUCUGUCGGUGGUUACUCUUUGCAUCAAAUGCAAGGUGACAAGCAGCAUGGAGUCAGCCGCAGUGGCUACCUGCUCAAGAAGUCUGAAGGCAAGGUGCGCCGCGUUUGGCAGAAACGCCGGUGUCGAGUCACUGCGGAAGGUUUCCUGGAUAUCUUCCACGCAGACGAGAACAAAACUCCGGCGAGGGUCAACCUCCUCACAUGCCAAAUUAAAGUAGCAGCAGAAGACAAAAGGGCGUUUGAUCUAGUCUCAUAUAACAGAACGUACCACUUCCAAGCUGACGACGAGAAUGAGCAGCGAGCGUGGACGUCAGUGCUGGUAAACUGUAAGGAGGGAGCUCUAAUGAGGGCCUUCCACCAGCAGGCCGGCGAGACCAAUGACUCCGGACACUCGCUGCUGGACCUGCAGCGCUCCAUCAUCCGGGCCGUCAGGGCCAUGCCCGGCAACCAAGUGUGCGCGGAUUGUGGCUCUACUAAUGAUCCGACGUGGUUAUCAACAAACUUCGGUGUAAUAGUAUGCAUAGAGUGUUCGGGCAGUCACCGUGAGUUGGGCGUGCAUAUAUCGCGCAUCCAGUCUCUGACACUGGACAGACUCAGCACGUCACAACUGUUGCUUGCGAGGCACAUGGGGAACCAGAUGUUCAAUGAGAUUAUGGAGAACACGCUCGAUGAACGGGAUAAACUUACACCUGAAAGUUCCAUGGAGGAGCGACUAAGGUUUAUCCGCGAGAAGUACGUAUACCGAGCGUUUGCGGCUCAGACAUGUUGCGACGCGGCCGAGCGACUGUCGGAGGUGGAGCACGCCGUCAAUAACGGACACUUGCAGAACUUACUGCAGGCGUACGCUGAGGGAGCCGACCUAGCUGCACCACUGCCUGGCUCGGAUCUCGGCGAAACAUCACUCCACUUGGCGAUAUCGCGUGAGAUUGGCGAUGGAUCUUCUUUACAUAUAGUCGAUUUUCUAGUCCAAAACGGUGGCUCGCAACUGCUAGACAAGCCCAACUCUCAGGGUAUGACCGCGUUACAUUUAUGCGCCGCCACCGACAGAACUGAACCUAUGAAGUUAUUGCUCAAGGCUGGGGCUGACUCCACUAUCAAGGACGCUACCGGCAGGACCGCCUUGCAGAUAGCGAGGCAAUAUGGACACUUGGGAUGUUUAGAAUUGCUGGAGAAUGUGGAUAAACGAGAGAAGAGCAUAUUUGAGAAUAUCAACAUAGACUGGAACUUAUCACAUGAUGAUGGCUCAACAGACUUUUCUGACGACGACACUGUUAUUGAUGAGAGACAAAAUGGCAGUUUAACUCCGGAGAAGAAGUGUCCGCGAUCUCGUCCUCCAUCAUACGCAGGCGGCGCGGUACUGACGACGGCGGAGCGCUGCCCGGCGGCGGGGGACUCCCCCGUCCUCCGCUCGCGGUCCUCCACGUGUGACUCGCUGCAUCAUGCGCCGCCCACACCCACCACACUACCUAGGAAACCUAACGUCUACAACAUGGGCAGCCUGAAGAAGCGCGCGGCCCCGCUGCCCCCGGGGGUGUCGCUGGUAGCGCCGCCGCAGGCACCGCGCGCCUCGCCCUCGCCCUCCGCGGACAACGCGCGGUCUCUGCACGUUACAGGCGGCGUAGUGAAGGUCCGCCCGGCGCAGCCCCCGCCGACGCCGCCGACGCCGCCGCCCGCCCUGCACAACGGCGCGCACCAUCGAGACGAACCUACACCGCCACCGCGCAAGAAGAAAAAUAGAUUGCACCUGGAAAAGGCUGUGAAAGCGAAACUGAAAAGGGAAUGUUCUAGUCAAGACUCGUCGUUGGAGUUGUGUGAUAUGAAUGACUCGUGUUUGGACGACAGUCGCUUGCAGUCGGCUCUGUCGUGCGACAGCUCGCGGUCGCGCGAACGAUCGCGGCGGAGCGACAGUCGCUCGCUCGACGUCUCUGAUACUUCCAGUGUACACUCACGAUCGCCAUCUGCUUCUAUUACAAUGAUGGGUGGUUUGAGGCGGUGCCGCGCACUGUAUGAUUGCUCAGCAGACAACGAAGACGAGUUGUCAUUCCGCGAGGGAGAAGUCAUAGUUGUAAUAAACGAACGCACAGAGGAUGACAACUGGAUGGAGGGCCAGGUCGAAGGCACUAGCCGACGGGGCAUGUUCCCCGUCUCUUUCGUGCACAUGCUACCUGACUAAGGAUGAUAGAGAGGCAACAAUUGGCAGCCAUGGAACGUAGGUCAAUACCAAUGUUCGUAGAAAACCUGUGUUAAAUCAAUAUCGGUAGUAACCACGUUUAUAGGUCAGCAGUCGCAGCAAUGCAAGCUUGACAUUGUAUUCCUGCUUAGAGCUGAACCCAACGCCAUAAACUGACAAGUUCAAAUGUUCCAGUCAGUAUGGGGAUUGUAUUCACAUGUCUAUUGUGCUCCGUAUAAUUAACGGGCAUAUUAAAUUCUUAUUGUAUUGUAUAUUCGUCUUUUUAAUAAUAAAUGUAAACCAAAAAUUGGUCAUAGAGCUGGGUUGUAUAGAUGAGUCUGACUGAAGGAUUAUUGUGUUCAAAAUUAUUAAAAAACACCAGCGUGAAGCGAUCCUGGAAGUGUUACGAAUUUCAACUAUGAAUACUUUACUUUGGGUAUCUGGCCUAAGGCUUGAUUUUGUUUGUAUAGCUACGAGCUUAUUUAUUCUAGUAUUUUACACAGUUCUACAGCCGGCAUAACCACACAUAAUGAUAUGAAAUAGUUACGUUGAAGUUGUUUACUAUAGCACUGUUCUACAUUACCAUCACUAGGUUGUUCAGUACUGUAUACUACUGUUAAACAUGUAUUACACUGUUAAUAUACACGAUUUUCAUACUCAAUAUUUUAACCAUUCCACAUUUGGACAGUGGUCGUUGGAUAUUGUCACAAUUAAAUGUUACGCUAGUUUUUUGUCUCAAUUACUAAUUACUCAUGAUAGGUUGAAACAUUCUUUACACAUAAGGAAAACUUAUAAUAGAUACGUGGUAGUUAUUGCUUUAGCGUCGGCGUCGCUACGAAUUUAUAACACCAAUACCUGUAAGUUUGCCAGCAGAUCGUCCGUCCUGACGCGGAUUUUUUACUUACCAUUGAUUAACCUUCUUUAUUUAAAAGAAACCUGUAGUGCAGAUUGACAUAUUGUCUAUAGUUUUGUAACUUCUAAAUCAGUGAUUAGUAUGACAUGUUUGUAAAGAAUCUAAGAAUAACUGCUCACUAUUUUGUAACGAUGAAUUCUGAAAUUUUUCUUAAAAAAAAAAUGAUGUUGUACAUUGAAUAAUUCUACCUGUUCUUGUAGAAUUUUAGUGUACAAAGUUAGUUUCUAGAUCACAAUAUAAAUAUCAAACGACUGCGCGUGAGCAAUAUGGAAUUAUUAAAUUAAUUUCUCUGCAUCGUGGAGUCGCUUAGUUUCAUCUUAAUGUGAUAUUCUAGCUUAUAACAUUAUCGAUCGCGUGUUAGAAUUGGUGUCACUUAGUAUUAGUUAAAGCAGAUUUAUUAUUGUCUUUAAAGGAAAAUCGUAAAGUCUUUUCAAUGUUAUGUCAUAUAUUUGUUAAUAUUGACAAUAUCGAGCCCAAGUAGCUUUACAAUCAUAGUGUACAAAACGACUUAGCUCUUGAUUGUAGGGUGUAUGUAACAUGUUAGUUUCGUAACUCCAGCAUUUCGCCUCGCGUAACGAAGCAAUAGUGUUUACAGCUCAGUUAGAUUUGCCAAAUAAGUAAUUGUGAUGAGUAGUGAAAGAUAGGUAUAUUUCACCGACAAACCUUCGGACCAGUGACUGUUUGUUGUAUAGUUUGUUCUAGUAGAUGAUAUUGAGGUGUCUUAGAUUGUUGGUGCAUGCUGUCUAUAGAUCGUGUUCUUACUGCGAGACUAUAGGCCGGAAAAUUUAUUUAUACUAUACUUGUAUAUACGUUUGAUAAUCAAACGACUCAUUCGGUAUUUUAAGCUUAUUCAUCUGCUACCAGUUAUUCAAUAUGGACCAAAGAAAUUCUUUAUAGUUGCUGUACGUCGAUAAUGUGCGCCUAUGGUCUCUCAAGUGACGAUGAACACUGAAAAUUGUUGUUACAUGUUAAAUUUUAACAAUUUCCACAGAUUUAAUAGACGAAGUAUUGUAAUAAUAGCAAUAGAUAUUCGCGUUUGUAAGACGACGAAAGAAUAAUGUAAGGAACUGUAAUUUAAUAAUAUUAUCAUAAUUUCCUCUAUGUUGUGUUUGAGCUGAUACCGUGUAUUCACAACUACACAUUCCCAUAUUUAUAAUUGUAGUUUUUCUGUAUAUUAAGUUCUCAAAUGAUCACUUGUAAUCAUAGGUAGUAAUAGUGACACUGCUAAUACCUAUUAUUCGAUAUAGUUACCUACAUACCGCGCGCGUUGCCAUACAUUAGUAUUAACUGAAAGUGAGUGGACUACUCGUUCAUUUGAUUACCCAUAUAAUAGCAAUAAUUUUAGAAAUGUAUAUCAUUUUAUGAUCAUUCAUAUUUGCGUGCACAGUUCCACAUUGUAUGUACCAAGAUUUUUUCUUAUGAAGAGAUAUUGCAAAAAUGUGAUGAUUAUUAUCGUUGCCAUGAAAUAAUUUCGCAUGUAGUAUAGCAACACUGCAGUCGUGUAAAUAGAUAUUUUACCUAUUAGUUCGUAAAUGUAAAAAAUAUAAGUUAUAUAAUUAUUUCGAGAUAUUAUUUUAAGUAAAAUGCUGAAACCUGUUUUAUGUUCUUUCAUCAUACAUAUUAUAAAUUGUAUUUAUUUAAUAAUAUAUUGUGAAAUCUAAUUGUGAUGAGAUAUUUUAAUGCCAUUUUAGCCUGUCAGUAUGUUACUUAUUGAAAGUUAUGUAACCAAAUGAUGCUAAUAGCGUGUAAGAUGUUUUAUUCUUUAUGGAGUUGUAGUUGAGAUAGUUUUUUCUAUUGUGUAUUAUGUGAACGAAAUCUGUAUGAAUUUAUUAAUACAUCACUUCGAUGUCUAA